AUGGUGAUGGAAGAACGGAGUCGAGCGCUGGUGGAAAAGUUGAAGACCAUGGACGGCAAUGAAGUCAACUUGCUGCCAUACAUUAGUGACUGCACUCUUUGUACUAUCUGUGCGCAUUCUUUUGCUGAAAAUGUUAUUAUGGAGAGGAAGAAAACAUGGAAAGCUGGGGAGCAAACUGUCAUCGAUGAAAUAGGAAGAUUGGCCAUGUUGGAUUUGCUGUUGGAAGCUGAGAGCAAACAGGAAAUUGAUUUAGAAGGAAUACGGGAGGAAGUCAAUACAUUUAUGUUUGAGCGGUUCGCGAUGUUAGUGAUGAAGUGUGUCCUGAUUGGGAUCUGCCGCAACUUCAGGUUGUUCCCUCGCGUGAAAGGAGCCAAGUCUUUGCUGUUGGCGGACAUUUUGCUAAGAACUACAGAGCCUCUGUUCGUGAAGUUUGUUCAGCGUUAG